AUGACUUCCUUAUGUUCUUCUCUGUACCAAAUUUCACCAUCUUUACCAAGACUUGAAGUAAAAAGUACUGGAAGAAAUCCAUGGCGGUUGAACCUCGACGUGAGGGCUCAGCCCAUUUCCAACCGCAAAAAUGAUGGCGGUGGUGGUGGACGCCGCCGUGUGUGGAGGCGCAGGAAAUUGACAAAAAGGGAUGAGUUUAUGGAAGCCAAACUCGAAAGAGUUCCAUUCCUGGAAGAACAGGUGAGGACUAUAAGAGAUGGUGGAAAGCUAUGGACAAUGGAUGUCGAGAGGCUGCUAUUGUCGGAGGAUAACCGCUUUGAUUUUGUCAAUGAGGUAGCGGCUGAGGCUAUAUCUUACGUGAAAAAGAACCGAGAUGAAUAUGGAUUUAAAAAGGCCAUCCUUCAUGUGCUGAGUAAUCGGAUGAAUGAUACUGGAGUUUAUCGUCCAGAAGCUUACAUGGAAACUGAUCCAUUCAAACCUGGUCCUGGUUACUUGAGAGAAGAAAAUUUUUAG